CUCUCCGCCGCUGGGUCCUAGACGCUGGGCACUGACCAUGGCGUCGCUAUUGGAUAUGUUUUGAUUAAAGUUGACGGCCAUUUCAUUUAACGUUUAUUAACGGAUUUUUUUUGGGGGGGAGGGUGUACCUUUGCAUUGGAUCCAGCGCUGCUUGUUGUUAACGGAGGUAACAGCACUGGGACACCGCGAGAAACUGAGGAGCCGAAGUGGGGGGACAACUCAUCAAGUAACGUUACCAGUCAAGGGACUGACCCAGGCUAGGCUAGCUCGUCAGCUCGCUUAAAGUCCUAAAGAGUUCCCGUGUACCUAACGGGAAAAGUCCCAGUAUCAAGGUAUCUAUCUCUUUUGAGGUGGACCGCCCUGAAGGUAAUGUUUAGGCCGCUGCGUUAGUCGGGGUGUAAUAGCGCUUCAAUGGACGGUGCAGGUGCACCACUUGCGGCACCUGCAAAACUUACUAGCUGCAUCGGUGAAGGAGCUAAAGUUAGCCUUACCGCUAACACCCCUGGUCUGGGAGGGGGUGUAUAACCACUGUAUCAACCAAGUAUAAUAAUGUAUAAUCCUAAAUUAUUAUAUUUACUAGGUGCAUGGGUGAAUGAGCUAGGAUUAGCUCCACCACUAACAUUCCUAGUCUAAACAGUAGGGUAUAUACCACCUCUCUUAACCAAGUAUAACAAUAUAGUACAAUCAUAACGUUUUCUAGUAAUUAACUGCUAACUGUCAGGAUACACAAGUGGUGACAGUUGUGUAUUUAACCAUUGGCUUUGAACAACAGAUCCCCUAGCUGGUUAGUUGGUAGCCUACUUUAUUGACCCACUGAGACAUUAUACAAGAGUGGCGACGUGGAGACGAAGCAGCAGCAUCGGCGUCCUCUCCCUCACAUGGGACCCGGGAACCAGCUCCUGACCUGACCUCGGCUUGGGCUGAGCUCGGAGUCUAGCCUCCCCGUGCUGCUCCAUGCGCGCCGUGGACCAGCACCAGCAUGUUAGUUCUGUCACACAGGUCUUCCUUUGAAGUUUACUUUUUGUUAUCAUAGCUUUUGCACCCUAUGGUGCGUCUACGGCCACCGAGAAAUGGCGGCUUUCCCAAACGGUGACGGUGGUGGCGGUGGGAAAGAGGAGCAUGUCUGUUCCGAUGCCCCCGCGGCUCCGCAGGCCUGGGCGCACUCUGCCCCGCUGUGUCCGACCCGCUCGCUCUGGACGGCGGCGUACGACUACGAGGCAAGCGGGGAGGAUGAACUCAGCCUCCGUCGUGGCGACGUGGUGGAAGUGCUCUCCAAAGACGCUGCGAUCUCCGGGGACGAGGGUUGGUGGACUGGGAAAAUCAACCACAGAGUUGGUAUUUUCCCGUCAAACUAUGUUACGUACCAGCCCGCUAUUUAUCGAUUGCCUACCACCGGCUGCACGGUGGGAGUCCGGGAGCGCGUCCCCAGCCUCCCGCCAGCCGAGAUAGUUUUUAGCGAACUCGUUCUUGAAGAAAUCAUAGGCGUUGGAGGGUUCGGCAAGGUGUACCGGGGGACGUGGAAGGAUCAAGAGGUCGCCGUGAAGGCUGCCCGUCAAGACCCAGAUGAGGACAUCACUGCCACCGCUGACGGGGUCAAACAAGAAGCCAAACUUUUCUCCAUGCUGCAACACCCCAACAUCAUUAAACUCGAGGGAGUUUGUUUGGAGGAACCCAACCUGUGCCUGGUCAUGGAGUACGCCCGCGGUGGUACCCUGAACCGGGCACUGACCGGAAGGCGCAUCCCACCGCACAUCCUGGUCAACUGGGCUGUUCAGAUCGCACGCGGGAUGCUAUACUUACACGAGGAGGCCGUGGUACCCAUCAUCCACCGUGACCUGAAGUCUAGCAACGUGUUGCUACUGGAGACGAUCGAGAACGACGACAUCGGGAGGAAGACACUGAAGAUCACAGACUUUGGUCUGGCUCGGGAGUGGCACAACACCACCAAGAUGUCCGCCGCAGGAACCUACUCCUGGAUGGCCCCUGAGGUCAUCAAGUCCUCGCUCUUCUCUAAAGGCAGUGACGUAUGGAGCUACGGGGUGCUGCUGUGGGAGCUGCUGACGGGGGAGGUGCCGUACCGGGGGAUCGACGGGCUGGCCGUGGCCUACGGCGUGGCCGUCAACAAGCUGACCCUGCCCAUCCCCUCCACCUGCCCAGAGCCCUUCGCCAAGCUCAUGGAAGAGUGCUGGGACCAGGACCCCCACGUGCGGCCCUCCUUCUCCUGCAUCCUGGAGCAGCUGUCGGCCAUCGAGGAGGCGGUGAUGGCCACCAUGCCCCAGGAAUCCUUCCACAGCAUGCAGGACGACUGGCGCGUGGAGAUCCAGGAGAUGUUCGACGAGCUCAGGACCAAAGAGAAGGAGCUGCGCUCGCGGGAGGAGGAGCUGUCGCGGGCCGCCCUGCAGCAGAAGUCCCAGGAGGAGCUGCUGAAGCGGCGGGAGCAGCAGUUGGCGGAGCGGGAGAUCAACGUGCUGGAGCGGGAGCUCAACAUCCUCAUCUUCCAGCUCAACAAGGACAAGCCCAACGUCAAGAAGAGGAAGGGCAAGUUCAAGCGCUCCCGCCUAAAGCUCAAGGACGGCAACCGCAUCAGCCUGCCCUCGGAUUUCCAACACAAGAUCACGGUGCAGGCCUCGCCCUCAAUGGACAAGAGGCGGAGUCUUCACAGCACAAACUCCUCCCCUCCCAGUAGCCCCACCCUCAUCCCGCGACUACGAGCCAUUCAGCUGACCCUGGAUGAGAGCAACCGGACGUGGGGCCGCAGCACCCUCUUCAGGCCCGAGGAGUUCGACGACGUGAAGAAGGGCAUCAAGAAGAAGGGCCGGACCUGGGGCCCCAGCUCGGUGCAGAGCAAGGAGCGGCCCGCCACCGCCGAGAGAGUUCGACCCCUCUCUGAUGGCAACAACCCGUGGUCCACCAGUCUGCUGAAGACCCAGAAGUCCGUCCCCCUGGCGGCGCUGUUCGCUGAGCAAGGUGACGCGGGCCCCGAGCCGCCUUAUAGGGGCCCCGCAGCUGAACAAGCAGGGGGCGGUAAAGACGACACCUACUCCCCAGACGGCGGCGAUGGUGGCAGCAGCAGCAGCUCGAAACCAAAGCAACUCAAGUUCCCCAACCAGGUGUACAUCGACCUACCUCUGUGGAGGGAGGACCCGGAGGCCCAGGGCCCCGGGGCCGCUCCCUGCUGGCCGGGCGGGGAGCUUGGGACCGCGGGGGGGCCGGAGUGUCCCGAGGACCCCUGCACCACCACAUCCACCUCCUCCACCUCCACAACCCCCCAGGUGACGCCCACCAACAGCCUGAAGCGUGCCUCGGCGCGACGCCGGACCGACGCGGUGCUGUACGGAUGCGGGGCCCUGCUGGCCUCGCUGGCGCUGGGCUACGACCUGCGGGAGGCCCUCAGGAGCCCCGAGGACGCCGGGGAGCCGCAGCGCGAGGAGAAGAAGAAGAAGGAGGGGCUCUUCCAGCGCGCCACCCGCUUCCGACGCAGCACCUCUCCACCGGGAGGCCGCGCCCCCCGCAAGGAGGAGCCCGCCUCUGGCCACUCCCCCGGCCACGCCCCCGGACCCGUCAAUCUCAUCUCCAUGUCGGCCAUCGUGGAGGGCAACGCCUCCAGUGGUGUGCUGCGGACGGAGGGAGGCGGGGGUGCGGACGGGGACCCGGGGGGGAAGGGGGAGGCUCCGGACACCGUGGCCGGGGUGGAGGGGCAGCAGGACACGGUGGCAGGAGCAGCUCGGACCCAGAGCCAGCCCCCGGCACAGACACCCAGCCCGGCACCAGAGCCGGGGCACCCGGUCCCAGGACUACGGUUACGGAGGAGGAAGUCCUCCUCCACCAGCCCCAGUACCAAUGGGCCGCCGCCAGAGCAGGCUCCUCCUCCUCCCUCCACCAAUCAGAAGAAGUCAGAGAAGGAGCAGAAGAACGGCCCGGCGGCGGCGGUGGAGCACAGGAAGAAACCCGAGGCGCCGUGCUCCAGGCCCCGGCCCCUGUCCCUGCGGGCCAAGCCCCAGACUUGGGCCCUGCUGCGGGGCCGCAACAAGAGCUACUCCCUGGGCCACUACUCGGGCCACAAGAGCUCCCAGGCCCUGACGGUCAUGCUGGGCCCCCAGGGGCCCGGCGUGGCGGACUGCUCCCUGCUGGACAUGGACACGGAGGGCCAGAAGAGGGACUGCACCGUGCCGCUGUGCCGCAUCCAGAGCUCCCCGGGCCGCCCCUCCGUCUUCCAGCUGGAGAAGGACUUCCUCUCCUAGGGGUCCCGGAGAGGUCUGUUGGUGGUGGUGCUGCUGCUGGGCGCUGAGCCGGGGGCCCCCGUACCCAUAGUGUUCUACUACAGGAAGGGCUCCUCCAACGUCUCCAGCGCUGGACCUCCUGGAAGUCACUGCCUGUUGAUUUUUUAUUUUCAUUCAUAUAUUCAUGCAUUCAUUCCAGAUCAAAGAGCUGCAGAGGAAGGUUCCAGAGCUGUGAAGGCAGCUCUACCGCUUUGGUUCAGGUGCUCCGCUGCCCUCGCUGGCCUUUAGACCCUCUCCAAGGUGGCCUUGUCUUCUCUCCCUUCCUCUCUUUGUUCUAUGAUUGGCACAGCGAAACGUUGACCGCCGCUGUAGCCAAUGGCAACACGGUUCCUUCACCUGUUUUAUUUAUACAUGUUGCCGUUGGUGAUGUAGAAGAGACUCGCCGCUGGGUGGAGCAGGGUGUGAGCAGCGCGGAGGAGAAGGUAAGCUUCCCCCUGGUUUCCUUACGGACCCCCUGGCGCCGGUACUGAUAGUCAUCAGACUUGUUACAGAAUAAUUGAUGCAUUUAAUGUCAAGCAGAAACUAAAUCCAAUCAAGACGCUUUGAUUUACAAAGCGUCUUUUUUGUUUGUUUGUUUUUAUCCAUUUCCUUUGGCGGCUGGUACCUGUCUGUCUAUGUUGAUGCCAGUUUGGGGAAGACUAAUUAUGAUCCGAGUGCUAGCAAUGCAUGGGUGUAAAGUUUCCACUCAGAAUUUAGACUGAAAUGAAAUCCAAAAGACCCUACCUUCUCUCUGGAACAUAGCCGUAUGGCGCUUAUAUGGCUUUUGACAAGUAUUUAUAUUCGACAUCUGCUCAACUUUUGGCAUCCACAAUUGUGUGAAUCUUAAUUUUAUGAAAAAUCAAGAAUCUAUAAGUAAUGAAUAACUCUUUAAUGUAAUAAUACGCUAGGAAGUGUAAACCAAGUAGCAGCGUAUAAAAAGACCACUUGUUCCACGUGAGGAUGUAAUUACGUUAAGACCAUGGUACUGAUGACUUAAAAAAACAAUCAAUAACCAAUGUGUGUUGGCCUUUUCUUGUGGUGUGCUGGGAAGUCGGUAAAGAUAAUGAAUUCAAGUUGUGUCAAGGCCAGAUGUAACAUGUGUGUGCGUGGUUCACAGGACGUUCAACUUUAUUAUUUUAUAAACCAGACACAUGCCUUCGCUACUGCUUUGACGACCACUAAAACCAUUCUGAAGUAGUGGGAAGGAAACCAUUAUAAUGGAGGAGGUUUUUAUUCGACAAGACCAAUUCUCAGAAACACCGUCGCCUUAUUGAUGCACCACAUUUCAUCAUACUGUAACAUGAUUUUGUAUCGCAAAGCUCGGAUUUCAGGGCUUCAGCAGCCAGCCAAUAAGAGACGCAUAACAACAUAACUAGCCUACCACUAUCUCAGAGUUCGACGCACUGCUAUUACUGAAGGUUAGUCUGAGCUGAGCAGGACUGCUCUAUGCAUACCCCCCCCCCCGAUGUCUUAACAGUGGAGAACAUAUCUUUAAUCGAGCACAAUGUUUUUGAACAAGGGCUCUCUCAGUCUCAUGUGUUUGACCAAAACCACUACGUGAAAAACCAGCUGCUUAUAUAGAUGACAUAUAUAUAUUUUUAAAGAGAUCUGAAUAUGACCUCAGCUCGUCUGAUGACACCCUACACACUGCUCCUCGGUGAUUAUUCCCCGAGACGUCGGAAGGACAUAAUGAACCAAGUGCGGGACGUGAUCUGUUUUUUAAUUUGUUUUGUUUGAUGUAAAUCUUUUAUUUUUGUUAUCACAACAGUAUUGGUUAUUUUUCACUCCUGAUCGAUCAAAAUAAGAGUAUUGAACAAUGUUAAUAAAGUGUAAAUCAGGACUUAGAUUUGACCCUUGUGUUUUGUUUACAAGAUUGAAUAAUUUAUAUUGCCUGAGAAAACGAUGCUUAGUCAUAUUGUGAGUUUUAAGAAAUAAAAAAAAACUUUAUUCUGGAGCAAAUAGCUGAUGAUUUGUGUACAGUUUCAGACAUUUGCACCAGGUCCGUUUUUUAACAGAAUGUUACAUGAAUCAUUAAGAAUAAAGCUUGAAAUAUUUAA